CGUUUUAGGGACGGGUGUGGGUCUUCAGGGACGCUCCCCCGUGGGAACAGCCGGCUCCCUUCUCCUCCCCCUCCCUCGCUCGAUGUGUCUCCCGGUAGGAAGCGCUCGGAGCCCGGGUGGCAGAAGGACGCGGGGAGACAACGGGCGGACGGGGUUUAAGAGGAGCUCAGAGAGAAGGCAGGAUGCUCCCCUCCGCCACCGUAACCGGGUGGGACAACGGCAGCACCACUCAGCUGCCGGCCACCGGGCCACCCUCUGACACGAACAUCUCCGUGCCGCAUCGCUGCCUGCUCCUGCUUUAUGAGGACAUUGGCAAAUCGCGAGUGCGGUACUGGGACCUCAUGCUGCUGAUCCCCAAUGUGCUGUUCUUCGCUUUCCUGCUCUGGAAGCUGCCCUCUGCCCGGGCCAAGAUCCACGUCACUUCCAGCCCCAUCUUCACCACCUUCUACAUCCUGGUGUUUGUGGUGGCCCUGGUGGGUAUCGCUCGGGCCGUGGUAUCCAUGACAGUCAGUGCCUCAGAUGCCGCCACAGUGGCCGAUAAGAUCUUGUGGGAGAUCACCCGCUUCUUCCUGCUGGCAAUUGAACUGAGUGUGAUCAUCCUGGGCCUCGCCUUUGGCCACCUGGAGAGCAAGUCCAGCAUCAAACGGGUCCUGGCCAUCACCACAGUGCUGUCGCUUGCCUACUCGGUCACUCAGGGAACCUUGGAGAUCCUGUACCCUGAUGCCCACCUUUCGGCUGAGGACUUCAAUAUCUAUGGGCAUGGUGGGCGCCACUUCUGGCUCGCCAGUUCCUGUUUCUUCUUCUUGGUCUACUCACUGGUGGUGAUCCUCCCCAAGACACCUCUGAAGGAGCGGAUCUCACUGCCAUCUGUGUGGACGCAACCACCUUCCUGUACUUCAGCUUCUUCGCCCCCCUCAUCUACGUGGCCUUCCUCAAGGGCUUCUUUGGCAGCUCAGAGCCCAAGAUUCUCUUCUCCUACAAAUGCCAAGUGGACGAGCCUGAGGAGACGGACGUGCACCUCCCGUACCCCUAUGCCGUGGCCCGCAAGGAAGGGACCGACACCAGCUGCUACUCCAGCACACAGAUCGACACGGCCGCCUACUUGGACGACGUGGCGUCCAUGCCUUGCCACGUGGGCAGCGUCAACAGCGUCGACAGCGAACGCUGGAAGGCCAUCAACGCCUGAAGCUCCCGGGGCUGGCCCAGCGCAAUCCGGGGAGUCGUGGGACCCCCUCUAUGAGCUUCACCCCUUAGGGGUGUUUCCUCUUCAUCCCAUUUCCCGGUAGGCCACAGUCCAACCUCUCCCUGGGCAGGAGGUGGCUCUGGAAGACUGUGGCCACAUUCCUCCCUGUUCUCCAUUGGAGAACGUGACUGCUGCUCUCAGGGAACGGGACUUGACUUCCUUUUCCCAGGCCUGGAAAGAGAAGGGAGAACCACCCUCCCAGAGGGGUAUUGAAUUCCGUUGGGCUGGGGGGGUUGGCUAGCAGAACUGACUCAGGGCUCAGAUGCCAUCUGGAGAGCCAUGAGUGCGAGCCCCACUGACUAUGGGAGGUGAGGCCUACUGGAAAGAAUUUGGUGCCUCAGGCUGAUGGCUGCUUAUCCGGCGGCGUGUCCCGAGCGGCCAGAACUGUGCCAAACUUUUGGCAGAGGCCAGGUGCCUGAUGGACCUAGAGGAAGGACUCAGGGAAAUAAGUGACGGCUGCUUGGUGGGUUGCGGGGAGGGGUGCCCCCGAUUAGGGGUUCAUUUCUUCAGGGUCUCAGUUUGAAGGAGGAAAAAUUGCCAGCCUGACUCUUGAUGCCAGGCAGGACCACUCUGGAAAGGUUGCGAGAGAAGUGGAGGAGGGAGGAGAAUCCGCUUGGUGGGGGGAAUCAUCCCCUGCCUCUCGGGGCCCCUUUGGAUUUUUGCCCUGGAUCUGGGGCUCCGAUGGGAAGAGACCGUGACGUUUCCACCGGUGGCAGAGAGAGGAGGCAGGGGAGAAGCAAGGGGAGAGUAAAUUCAUCGGGUUUUAAGUUUGGGGGUUUUAAUGUGGACCCCUUUACUGUCUGCUGCUGAGAUCAUUUUGGCCCUGGGGAGGUUGGAAAGCAGUAAACAAUCAGGAGUGACCACAGGUGCCCCCCGCCCCCCCACUGAGUUCUACAGCGAAUUGGGGAUGAGGAAAAGGGCUGGGGGAGAAGGACAGAUCGUAAUUUUUAAAAUGGAUUUUCCUGUCUAUGCUUUUAUUUCAAAAAUUGUGUAGGAUUCUUUGGCUGGGUUGAAUCAUUCCAUUUGGGGUUGGAGAUGAAAGAGAGGCAACAAGGCCCAAGUCCAGUCCUACUGUCCCCUCCUCCCCAGCCUGUCUGAUUUUUUUUUUCCACCUCCAAAAUCCUCUGUUGCCAAGGUUAUUCUUACUCUCAGAACCCUCAUCCCCAAUUCCUGUUGCUGCAGUAUUGUGGCCCCACGAGGCCCAAGGGAUGUGGGUUGGGGGGAACCUGCAUAAAAUGAGAAGAGUUGUGUCUAUUUUUAUGUAUGUUUAAAAAAAAACACAUUAAAAAACCACAGAAAACAAAAACCUCUCAAUAAAACAAUCGU